GAUGCUCUGGUUCAUGUCCAGGGCGAUGCAGGCCCCGGUUUAAACCGUUGCCUUGUCUCCAGCACCAACAUGGCGGACCAAGGUGAGAAGAAAGAGAACCCUAUGCGUGAGCUCCGUAUCAGAAAGCUCUGUAUGAAUAUAUGUGUUGGCGAAAGUGGUGAUCGACUUACUCGAGCUGCCAAAGUGCUUGAGCAGCUCACUGGUCAAACACCUGUCUUCUCUAAAGCUCGCUAUACUGUGAGAUCUUUUGGUAUCAGGAGAAAUGAAAAGAUUGCUGUUCACUGCACAGUCCGUGGUGCCAAAGCUGAGGAGAUCCUGGAAAAAGGCCUGAAAGUUCGUGAAUAUGAACUGAGGAAAAACAACUUCUCAGACACUGGAAACUUUGGUUUUGGUAUUCAGGAGCACAUUGAUUUGGGCAUUAAGUAUGACCCAAGCAUUGGUAUCUAUGGUUUAGACUUCUAUGUGGUUCUGGGAAGACCAGGCUUCAGCAUUGCUGACAAAAAGCGUAAACGUGGUCGCAUUGGAGCCAAACACAGGAUCAACAAGGAGGAGGCUAUGCGCUGGUUCCAACAGAAGUAUGAUGGUAUCAUUCUCCCAGGAAAAUAAAAAUGUUUUGUAAUUGUCAUUAAUACAAGAAUCUGAUCCUUAUUCAGUUUUCAUUUAGUGAUAGUUACUUCAUCAUUGUAACUUGAAUUAGGCAGAAAGAUAACUGUCAGUUGUACUGCUGGUUUACCUGUUUUCUGACUCUAUUAUAAUUUGACAAAGUUCCUGUCUGGUGAUGAAUUUACAAUUGUUUAGUGAAUGUAGCCUUCUCUUGAAGCUGCUAUUUGAUAUGUGCUCUAGCUAUCUGUGAACUCAAGAAUCAUAAUUCCAUGAAUGCAAUAAGAGCUCUUUGGUGUGAAUCAUCCUGUUGUUGAUCCAAAUUUUCUCAACAGCCCUAAAAUUUAACAAUUUUUUUUUUUAAUCAUUUCAGUUUUCCCUUGUGUUGAGAAUCCCAAAGUUAUGGUUCAAUAAUGUCAAUCAAAUGCUAAUGCUUCUGGUGUAGGCCUGAAGAAUAAAUUAAAUCUUCCACCUGUGCACCCUCAACAAAGUUUCACCCAUUGUAAGCAGCGAAUCUUGGGUUUUGUAAAUGUGAUUUCCUGUCUACGCUAUUGCUGGUGGAAAGCUGAACUCACCAUGAACUCACUACCAGGAAACACCUAUUAUCAAUGAACAGUUCUGCAGAGAAGAGCAUUGUACUCAAGUCCAAUGUUAGAUCUUGUGACUCCAGAUGAUAUGUUGAUUGGGACUGGAUGGUCUUUCCCUAAGUUUAAUUGUAAUGUCCCACUGAUAGUUGUCUUAACUGAAGGUGUUCAGCAUUCAAGGAACUGAACAAGGUAAUGAGGAAGGAGAAAAAUACUACACAGAGUAUGUGGGGAGAAAGAAAGCUGAUGGAUACCAAUGGUGCAGAUUGCCUUGUUGGUUUGUCUUCACUCCAAGGAUCGCUGUUUCUGGGAAUGAGAAGUUGGUUUACAUGUGAAUGGAGCAAUCAGAUUGCUCUUUGUCCAGGUAGUCUAUAUUCUUGAUGUUAAGCUGAUUUUUGUUUUCCAUCCCCUCCUUUACUGAGUUACUCAGUUCUACAAGACCAAACGGCUCUACUGAGAACUGGCCCUACUUUGCCAGAUGUUCAUGUUUCCACUUCUGGGUCUUGUGUCUGUAAUUUAUUUGCUUUACUCAUGAUGUCUACUGUUGUCACAUUGCUGUCUUUCAUUUGAGCACUUCACAGAUCAUUCCUAUUUUUCUGAUCCUUUGUUAUAUUUCCCCAUUGUAUUUUUUUUAAAAAUCAGUAUUUUCUUCCAAAGGAAGUCUUCUGGCAAAAAAUCUUCAUUGUGCUGUUGACAAAUAUUCCCUGAUCUACUAAAGGCUUCUAGCAUUUUCUUUUGUUAUUUUUAUGUAACCAUUGUGAUUCAUUUUUACAUCUAAAAAUUCAGAGAAUGAGAAAGAGUGCUUUCAAUUCAAUGUGUUGGUGGAAUAACUAUUUUCAGAACAUAGUGUAAAACAUUAUGACUAUAAGGUAGUGACAACACAAUAAAUACACCAUAUUUACUAUUUAUAUAUUUUUAUUCACACAUAAAUAGUAAUUCAAACAUUUUCAUGACAGUGAAUAUGCAAGGAAUUUGACACAUUUCUGUUUUGGAUGAAUGCAAUUUUCUUUGAAAAGCAGUUUUUGCUACUUCUUCUAGCAUUCAAACAUUUCUAUUAACUUCAGCCAUCAGCCUGCCUGUGUUACAAAGAACAAUAUUAACUUGCCCUCUCCUUUUCCCAUCCCUUGCCCACCCCUGAACUCACUUCCACCCGCACUCUCCCUUUCCCUCUUUCUUGGAGUAUGUGAAGUUUAAAUAAACGCAAACUUGAUCUGAAUACAUUGUACAAUUUCAUUCAACCUUUGGAGAAUUCCUGGGAGAGAAAGAUUCUCAGCACUGUUAUUCUGCUACAUGGGAAUCUUGAUUCAUAUGUAACCUAGUCAUCAUAAAUUUAAGAAAUCAGUUCUCAGGGCUCAGCUACAUUGACUUGUGUUUAUUAGUCCAUUUUGUUGUCUUUCACUUCUGGAUCCAAUAUAUAUCUUCUCUCCUGUGAGCUAUAGUAGCAAUGAUUAAUUGCAAAUUAGUCAUUAUGUUUAUCAGCAGUCUCAAUUCUUGCUGCUGAGAGUGAUCAUUCCUCCUGUAUUCCAAGUAUAAAGUUUACGGCAGAAUUUAUUUUUUCUUGAAAAGAAAUCCUUCAAUUCCCUUGUGAGUCAUGUUGAAUGAACUGCUUUUCUGGUUUAUUUUCAAUGCUUGUUCAAUGAUUUCAUCUAGACCAUUUCCUGAUAGUUCAAAAUACUCAAUUGUACUUUGUGUUGAACUGCGUUUGCAACUGAAUGUUAUAAGUUGUUGAUGUAAAGAGGAAUGCUCUCCAACAUUCUUCACCAUCUCAUUCCACCAACCCAUAUCUCAUGUAUGGCUAUUUUCCCAGUUUAAUUCCAAAUAAAUCUGUU